AAGGAUAAUUAUUACAUUUUCACUCAAAAUUUUCAUAGUAUUUUUUUGUUGGCAUGUUGGCAAACAUGAGAAGUUCUUGUGUUUGCCAUUCACCACAGAUUAGAUAUAACUGCAUUUAUUAUUAAAUUGUCACUGGGUAAAUUGGCGGGAAUUAUUUAUUUAGGAUAUGUUUUAUGUUUUGGAUCUGUGUUUUGGAUUUGGUUUGAUUAGGAAGGAUAAAAGUUAGGUUUAUUUAAAUAUAUUUAUGAAUAUUUAUAAUGGACCAAGAGGAUGAUCUACUAGAAUCUUUAUUAGCUGUAGCUGCUGAAGAGCUGGAAAAAAUAGAGGACACCACUUCAAUAAGUAAAAAUGAAGAAAAUAAAUUACCCGAAGUUAAAACUCCAGCCCGAAUAAUAAAAGAAACUGAUAUAUUUCAGUCAGAAAGUAAUACUGCCAGUAGGACAAACACUUCUAAACGAGAUGAUCUCAAAAGUGUGGUUCACAGUGGUGAUACGGAUUCUUCAGAUGACGAAGGAAACAGAGAUUAUGAAAAUCAAAAAUAUAGUGAAUAUGGUAGAGAAAUAAAAAGAAUUAUCAAUACUACCCCAUGUAAUAACUCCAAUUCUAUAUCUAGUAGCCACUAUGGUAUUCCAAAAAAGAGGAUAUCUACUUGUACAUCUGAAGUUAAGAUCCAAAAUAAUAGUGCAAAUUCCACAGCAAUAAAAAUGAAGAAAAGUAUUGAACCAGUAAAAGCUCACAAGGAUGUGUUUUAUGACCCAAUUUUUGGGAUGCGAAUUGUAAAUCCACUAAUUUCAUCUGCAACUCUGAUUGAAAAGAUGCAAGGGAGAUGUGCUGUGAAAUUUUCAGAUUUGGUUCGAUUUGUCACAACCGAUUAUCUAAAAGAUAAAGAUUGGGUAAUAUGUGGAGUUUUGGUAAGCAAAUCUCCUCCAAAAACUUCAAAGAACGGUUCACAAUUUUCUAUUUGGACUAUAUCCGAUUUAAAGGAUGAUAUUAAAACUGUGGCAUUGUUCAUGUUUAGUGGAGCACACACUGAUUUAUGGAAGACUCUUAUCGGUACUGUUAUAGGGGUACUUAAUCCAAAUAUAAUGGAUAGAAAAGAGGGCUCAAAAGAUAUAGCAUCUUUAAAUGUAGACACAUCUCAGAGAGUUAUGAUUUUUGGACAAUCUAAAGACUUUGGACUCUGUAAAAGUAUGAAAAAGAAUGGGGAGAAAUGUACCGCAAUAGUAAAUUUAAGUAACUGUGAAUUUUGUUUGUAUCAUAUCAAACAGGAAUACCAAAAAUGCAGUAAAAGAUCCGAAUUACAGUCUAGUUUUGUUGGUAAAGGGUUAACAAAUUUACGAAACAAGGUUUUGGGGAAGAGCGAAGUUUUUUAUGCUGGGAAAUCUUACAUGGCCAUACCAGCACAGAAGAGUAGAAAAUUACAGGCAAAAGAUUCCAGAAUUAUGGAAGCCUUGACUAAUGGUACUCAAAAGGAAGAGAAACUGAAAAAACAAAGUACUAAAAUAUCUAAAAAAGGAAUGGCUAGCCAGCUUGUCAUCAAUCCAGCACAAAGAGCUAGGGAUUUGGAAUUAUUAAAAAAGUUAGGAGGUACAUCAGACUUGGAAAGUAAAUCAACUUUUUUAGGCAAUAGAUCAAGCGAAGUGUCUUUAUCAGACUCUAAAGCAAUAGCAAUCGAUGUAAUCAAUAAGCUCAAAUCUAAACAAAACAGUAAUGUUUCUGAAGAAAAAAGUAAUUCAAAAUAUGACUUAAAAGGAGAUUUAUUUAGGAAUGUCGAUAAUAAAACUGAAUUUUCAGAAAAAAUGUCUAAUACAGUUUCUUUAGAUCAAAGUAAAAAAGCUGCUUUAGAUUUGGCUACUAAAUCAAAAAAAAGACCUGAGCUAACUGAGAAAAAAAUAGAAGAUAAAGUGAGUUUUCCAGACAAUUUUGAUGAGGAAUUUGGGGAUCUUAAUUAUGGUGAUUUUGAAGAGGAAUUAACUAUUAAUAAAUCUAUAACUUUAAAUAAUGAAAAGGCACGUCAAAGUAAAGAAGUCAGUACCAAAUCACUUUCAGAGAGUAAAAAGAUUGCUAGUAACACUGCUAAAUUAUCUGAAAUGAAAGAGAUCCCAUUAAAACCAAAUGUAAAUUUAGAAAAUAACUCUACCAAAUUAAAUCUGAAAGGUGUAGCAUUAAAUAUGGGUAUUCCAAAACUGUCGUUGUUUGAGAAGAACGGUGUUAUUGAUUUGAACAAGCCUGUUACAUCUAGACACGUAGACAGAGCAAAACUAAAUGCAAUAAAGUUUAUUGAAAAAAAUGGCCCAAUUAAAAAAAUCGAUCCAAACAGUACUAAAGGUCCUGGCAUUAAAAAACGACCAAUUAACACAAAUGACAAUGAAAUCGUAAUUGGGAAUCCUGCAAAAAAGUCUAAAUUACAAGAAAGUGAAUUUAUAUCUGAUAGGUUUAAAAAGAUGAUGGCGCAAACUUCGAGGCAUACAGAAUUAAUCGAACAGCAUGACGAGGAAGAAAAGGAAAAGUAUUUUAAUAAGCAGGAAGCUAGAGAAAAGAUGGAAGAGAAGAUGGCGAAUACUCAUAAAGUGAAGUGUAAAGCUGUGAAAUGUUUGACAUGUAAAUAUACCAGCUUUUCUGCUUCGGAUCUGUGUAAAACUGAGCGCCAUCCUUUGAAGGUAUUUGAUGCGAUGAAACGGUUCUACAAAUGCUCCAAUUGCCAAAACCGAACGGUGACGUUGGAGUUGGUUCCCACGAGACCUUGCACCAAUUGCGGCAGUACGAAAUGGGAGAAGACCGGCAUGAUGAAGGAAAAAAUUGUACAAGUCCAGCAUAAACUUUCUGUGCGGGGCGACGAACAAAAAUUUGUAAAUUCCGUGUCGAAAGAGGCUAAUCUAGAUUUACUUGUACCCGACGACUAAACUUUAUCUGUGUUAAGUUUUAAAUUUAUUUUAUUUGUUAAGCAUUUUAUGUUAUUUAAUAAUAUCCUUUAUUUUUUUAAUGUAAGAAAUAU